AUGCGUCUUUCUGUCGGACUCAUCACUUUGGCUUUGGCCUACUCAACAUACGCUUCCCCAAUCGGAAGACGUCAAACCGUUCAAGAAAUCGGAAACGGAGCUAAGGGAGUUGCAGAUGUUUCGGGCGUUACUGCAGCUAACAACGCAAUUGAUGCUUACGCACAAGGAUCCGUGAAGGAAUUCGAAAACUCAAGUGGAUUAACACAAGUAGCCACCUCUGCCGGUUUGGAAGGUACCGGUAUCCCAGUAACAAAGCGAGAUGAUGUUACUGGACAAUUUUCUGGUGUAGCAUCUGCUUUGAACCAAAUCGCACAAGCAAUUAAUGUGGGAAACGUAGACGGAGCAAACACAAAGCGAGAUGAUGUUACUGGACAAGCCGCUGCUUCAGGCUCUGCUUUGAACGGUUUAUUGCAAAGCGUGAACAUUGGCAACACAGAUGGUUCAUCAUCACCUUUGCCAUUGCCAUUCAAGCGAGAUGAAAUCACUAGUCAAUUGUCCGGUGCAGCAUCUGCUCUCAACCAACUGGGUCAAAAUAUCAAUGUGGGAAAUCGCGAUGAUGUUACUGGACAAAUCUCUGGUGCUGCAUCUGUUCUCAACCAAUUGGGUCAAAAUGUUAAUGUGGGAAAUGUGCAAGGAACUGCACCAACUUUCCCAUUCAAGCGAGACCAAGUCACCGGACAAGCCUCAGCCGCAGGAUCUGCUUUGAAUGAAGUCUUGCAAGCUGUCAAUGUAGGUAACGUAGCUGGACCAUCCAAGCGCCAAUCCGGUGAUGACUCAUACACCUUCCAAGGUGCUUUGACUGGAUCUGCUUUGAACGAAAUCGCAAAGGACGUGAAUGUCUUCAACAGACAAGCCGAUGAUGACACAUACACCCUUCAAGGUGCUUUGACCGGAUCUGGUUUGAACGAAAUCGCAAAGGACGUGAAUGUUUUCAACGUUGAUGGAACAUCCAAACGCCAAUUGCCCGAUUUGAGCAGUCUUGGAAGCUUGACAGCAACAGGAAAGGUUACAGGUGUCAAUGAUGAUCAACCUUUUGGAUUAUCUGAUAUUCCCGGACUUUCAUCCGUGAAUGCUUAGAUUUCCUUAUUCCCAACCAAAAAUUCCAUUGCUGUUUCGUGUUCCCGUUUCGAUCGUCAUCAAUUGUUUAAUUUAUUUGCAAGCCUUCCUUUUUCUCGUUUUUCUCGUUUUUCGCACUUCGGUCUCGUAAAUUCAAAGAUGAUGAAGUGAUCUUUCAUUCAUCUCUCUACAAUCCAGUACACACACGUAUUGGACCCACGCUCUUUUUACAGAUCUUCAACGUGAUCGAUUCUUGCCAGCGCGCUUUGUAUAUACCUUGCUUUCCUUUCUUUUGUUUAUAGAGCUGCUGCAAAGGCGAAUCGUCAUCAUAUAACAUUCUCUUGAUAAAAUUGUGAUGAUAAGAAGGGAUGAUGAUUAAUAAUAGCUGCUGCAUAUAUCCAUGGUAAGAACAUCUCC